CAAAAUAUUGUUUUGAUAUUAUUUAAAUAAAAAUAGUGUUGUUAAAAUAAUAAUAAUAAUAUUAUUUUGUUUAUUAAAAUAAUUAGAUAUAAUGUUGUGCUUAUAUUAAUUAUCGAAGGUUAUACUUUAUACGUUCAAGUAAGGUACGAAAGUGCUAAUUGAAAAAAAAGCACUAGAAAAAAUGAGUCCUAUUAAUGAACAUAAGAAAUCGCCAUCAUCAACAGGAACAACUACAGAUUAUAAUUUUUUUGAAGAAUACGAAACGCCUCGAAAAGUCAACAUUACUGUAAUGCUGAAAGGUCAAAAUCCGAUCCAACAAGAUUUAUUAUUUUUUGCAUACUUUGACGGUCAAAUUAUGGCAGAAGAGAAAUGGCAACAUGAAUUAGAAAUAGAUUUGCCUAUAUUUUUAAAUUUAAAAGAUUAUGGUCACAAAUAUCUGAUUGCAGAAACACCGUUACUUUUUAUAGUUCGUGCCCUCACAGGGUCUAAGGCUGGAAAAGAUCCCGAUCCAUUAGCACACGUAGACAAUAAGGCCGGGGGAGCGCUGGAUUUACUUCCUUUACUGAUUGGAGAAGAUGAGAUUUACAUUAAAGUACGAUUAAUUUCUGUAGAAACUGGAGACUGGUACCAUGGCUUGAAAGUAGUUGUCCAUGCAGAAACCAUUGGACAAUUAGACCACAUUUACUAUCCAUUAAUAAUUACUAUGAUUUCUGCGCAUUGUUUGCCUAACGUUAAAGAUGGUACAUUUUAUGUUGGAGCCAUUGGUUUAGAUAUCCUGGAGGAACCUGUUACCGUUAACUUUGGCUUAGCGUUAAGUCACCGAGAUGCAAAAAAGACAGUUUGGGCUGCUGUCAGUACGGCAGGAGUAAUGGCUAAUAGCGCGUACAAUGCACCAGACGAAGAUAAAUUUGUGCCUUACGAUCUUAAUCCUCAAGAUUUGCCCCAAUGCAAUUCUGUAUACUGGAAUGCUGUUAAACGUAUUCUUAUCACUGACCAGAGUGCAUUUCGAAAGAGAUUGUUACGUCACUUUCCAGUUGAAAUUGCUGGUGUGCCGAGGAUCGGUAAAAUCGAUGUAAGAGGGCGUUAUACGGCUUUGGUUGAUGUUGGAGUACUUUUAGAACCAGGCCAGGAUAGUUUAAUAUCUUGUGCCAAGCUUAAAUAUUACUCUGCAUUACCUCUCGGCGAAGGUACAGGACCGCUGUUAGUGUUGCCUCCCAGUAGUACCAAAAAUAGUGCGCGUGAUCGCGAUCCUGCUUCUGCUUUUGUUGUCGAUGAAAGAGGUCAUAAUGCGUAUGUUGUGGUGCAAUUCAAUUUAAUGGAACCUGUAAUACCUAAACAAAGAUUGUACAGUCUAUUUGAAACUAUAGGAUUUCCUGCACCCGAGGGACCGCGUCGAGCACACGAAAGCACAUUGCACAUGGAACCUCUGCCUGAAGACCCUUUAGUCGACGCGAGAAAGAUAAGAUUGGAAGAAGGAGCAUUGGCCGUCCACAAGGAACUAAGCGGCAUGACUUGUACAGGUGCAGUAUCUAUGAACCAAGGCAUUAAACGCACGGCUGCAAACAAACUCAUGAUGCGAAUUCGAACAAUGUUAAAACAAUUUGCACCAGGUGAGUGCUCAUACCUUGAUUGGCAAGAUACUGUUACCAGACAGCAUGCAACGGCACGACGCGCAGUCACAGCUUCGUUCGCGCCUCAACCACCUCAACCACGAAUGACACAGCCGUAUGCCGCUGCUAGGUGCCGAAUGGCUUCCGAUACUAGGAUUGCAGAAUAUCACAUUUCUCAUAAUUUAGAAGUUUCUCCUGAACACCCUAGACCUUUACUGUCCAAAGCAUUAAGAUGUCUAGAACAAAGAUACGAUUCAGAUGCCAAGAAAUAUAUAGUCCAAGGUCUGAGUUCUCUAGUUAUGAAUAAAUAUUUGCUGUGGAUGUACGGAGGUAUAGAAUACGACAAAGGGGAAGAAGCUUUAGAAAGAGCAAUAGCAGCUUUACAAAUUGCUUGCAAAGGAGAGCACUCCGAUGGUACUUCGAAUGCGAUUGCAUUUGCAGCAUUACACACUGUUCUUCAUUAUGGUAAUAGACCUUAUGGCGCAUUUGUGGCAGCUAAGAGAAUGAGAAAAUCAUAUGAGUUGCAGAAAGAGUGGCCUAAAUUUCUUAAACGUUGGCUCGAAAGUAGUGGAGAAGAAGAAAUAUACUGGGUACCAAGUGUUAUAAGAUCCGAUAACCCUAUGUUGAUAGCUGCCGCUUUUUUUCUUUGUUUGCGAUGCUAUAAAUUAAGUGAACAAAUAUUGCAAUGCAUGGAAAACGGCUGUGCUACUCUUGGCUCCAGGUUCCACUUGGAGACCAUUAUAUUUCCAGAUCUGUAUUAUUUACGAGCUGUGUCAUUUUUAAUGAGGAAUCAAGUAGACCAGGCGAAGAAUAUUAUCGCAGCUGGAAUAAAAAAAUUAGGACCUUGUGCUAUGUUGACACAAAUUCACGCAACUUGCUUGAAGGUGGAAAGAGGAUGGGACGCCGAGUGCGAACAUGCACUAAUAAAUGCUGAUCGAUUCGGGGCCGAGAUUCCUCCUGCGCUUCUGCUUCAGUCUGCAAUGAGUCAUCUAAAGAAGAAUCCGGAUAUUGCUUUGCAAAGAGCAGCUCGUGCUCAUAGGCUGGCUCCGAGUGCUCACACUGCGUUUACUAUUGGACUGUGCUAUGCUAGGAUGGGUGAUUACAACUUGUCGGAGCGAUGGUUCGCAGUAUCAGUGAAAGUGGAGCCGCUGCUGGCUGACGGGUGGGCGAUGCUGGCGGUGCUGGCAAUGCGGCAACGCGAUGUGGACAAAGCACGUGCCAUGUUGCGUACCGCGCAUCAGGCCGGUCCUCUCAGCGACGACGUCAAAUUCCAAGUCUCAAAAAUGAUGUCCAUCAUUAAAAUCGAGACCUUAUCUGACUCAAUGUUGAAGAAUUUAUGUUUGUGUGAUUAUCUUAUCGAUAAAUUAGAAGCUUAGUUAGCGAGGCUAUUCUACUCACUCUUUACCUGUCUUUGUAUUUAUCUAAGUACUAGCUUAUUUUUAAUUCUGUCUC